GAGUAAAGUGAAGGGUGAUAGGCAGUCAACCCACUUUCGCUCACCAUGGACAGCCCUCGUCGUUCACCGAGGAUCUCUGCACGGACAUCACUCGAAGCACAGCAAAGAUCCGAAAACACACCUACGUCAUCACCUUUAGCAGCUCGAUCUCCGGCUCGUCAAAAUAGGCAACCUACACAAACACACCUGAGCGUACCAAGUCGCCAUCCUGACCCAAUACCAAACAAAUCACGAGCAUCAACUAGUAAUGUGACUCUGAAUAUGAGCACAAGGCCUACCGAAUCGCCAAGCAAAAGGAUCAAAGUAGCCAGAAGAGCAUAUAGUGUAGGAGGUGUGGCUACACAAAAGCUACGUGAUCCAAACAACCUCUCAGUCCCAAGUAGAAGGAAUGUACCUGGUCCACGUAAAUCCGCCAUUCGUGCGUUACCUCCACAAGUUUUUGCAAGUCCAUCUGAAGUCUCUCCUAGACCUUCUAUACGUCCUUUAUUCUCUCGAAAGAGUUUAGGAUUAGAAGCUUUUGGCGGAUCAGAUUUGAUGGGAUUGAUGGAGAGUAUUGGAAUCAUCAAAUCACAACAACGCGAAACCAAUGAAGAGGACAGUGAGAAGAGUAAAGGUAAACAAACACGUAAAAGUGAGCCAGCAGGUGUAGGAGCAGAUAUACAAGACGAUUCUGAUGAAGUAAAAAAGCAACAAGAAGAGCAGGCAGACUUGACUCGCAAAAAGAGAAGGGUAACUUUCAAUCCAUACCAAGAAAAGACUAAUUUUGAAAAAGAUGAGCCAACGAUGCGUAUCAGACCGGCAACUGAAUUAGAUCAAGUAUUGGAGACCUCAAACUCGGAUGGCUCAGCAUCGCCUUCUCAAAGUUCCAGUGCAUCGACAUCUUCGAGUGAUAUGUCUAUAGACAGUGAAAGCGAAAACGAAGACGGUGAACCUCAGCUUACCGGGGAGGAAAUGGACGAUGAAGAGGAUUUCGAGAGCGAAGCAGAAGUUGAAGGUGAAUUGGAGGAGAAUGAACGAUAUAAUGAAAAUAUGGCAGAUGUGGAAAAUGCUUCACGAUACGAUGAAAGUGCUAUGGAUAUGACUGCAGCUUAUGGUGGAAUGCAAGAUGCUACUGUGACGGGAAUAGCACAUGGUUUCACUGAUGAUGAUGAUUCUAUGUCUAUGCAAGAUUCGUCAUCUGUUGGAGAAGUCUCGUCUGUUCUGGAUGAUAUGACAGUCACUAUGCAAUUAACGGAGAUGCAUGACUCACAUAAUGACCCGACAUCUCAAACGCAUACCAUGCAAGAAAUGGAAGAUGAAGAAUUCUUGGAUGAAGAUGAUAUCGAGACUCAAUUAAGUCAACAGAACAACCCUGCUCCUGCCGAUGUGGAAGAAGAAGUGGAUAUGGAAUUAACAGAAAUUGAAGAUGACAACAAGUCAGAAAUUGAAAGUGUCAAGGAAGAAUCAGGGUCAGAGAUGGACAUGAACAUGUCGCCUGAGCAAUCCAUCAAGACUGCUCCUCCCGUUCAUCCAAAAGCAGCUUCGCCUGUUCUCGAGCGGUCACCAUUGCGUUCACGAAAAAUCCCUAAUGCUCGAGUGAGCAAUUUGUCUGAGUCGCCCAAACUUCAAGUAAGACAAUCGAUUGCGAACGAAAACGGAGAUGUAGUCAAACCGAUCGAAAAAUCACCCACAUCACCUCAACGUCGUCAGAGCAUGCUUGAAAGAAGGACAAGUGAUUCUCCCCGUCGUGGACAUGAACAUUGCCAUAUCCCUGCUGCUGAUUCGCCCAAGCCUCGUGUGAGUGCUGCUACUCUGCGAGUUCGAGCAAGACGAGAAGCAUCUCAAAGCCCAACGAAAAAUCCGGAAAUCUCAAUGCGAACCUCGAUUGGAAAACGACCUUCUUCACCGGACAAGAUGCCGUUCCGCUCCUCUUCAUCCUCUUCACCGCGGAAAUCUUUCAAGACUGAACGCUCACAAGAUGUCACUGAAGCCAAAACAAGCAUGGCUAGACCUUCGAUGCAGGAUAUACCCGCAAGCCCUUCGCCUAAAUAUCAAGCAAGGCAUACUUCACCCUCAUCCACUUCUCCACGGAAAAGUGUUGGUAUGCCAUCUUCGCCGAGGCGAAGUACAGGUCCUGCCUCACCAUUAAGGUCUCCUGGCUCACCCAGUCGAACUUGGCAAAAUUUCCGAGAAGGUCAACAAGAGCCAAGCACGCCAAAAUCACCGGCAAAACGUAUAAGUAUGGCUAAGGAUGAUUCGGUUGCUUUUACAUUUGGUUCACCGCAAAGGAUUGCUCUACCUUCACCUGCCGUACAACGAGAAGCUGGUAGACCGUUGACUGUUUCCAAUAACACACCUGCAAGAGCUGCUAGAUCACUUACAAGAGCAGACUCAUCGCCUAUCACAAAGGGAGAAGAACAGAUAGACUCUGAAGCGGCAGACAGAUGGACGAUGAAACGAUUCUUUGAUAUGCUAGAAAUCGGCUUUUUGGACUUGACGAUGCCGUCAAAGCGCAGGAUUGAAAAUAAUGUUGAAGCAACACAUGAAGCACCUUCGAUGGUUGCCAAGAUCCGAGCAGCAUGUUCGACUGUCCCAAAUCUUGACAGUUUGAUCAGUGCAUGCAAAGAAUUAAAGAGCAGCGUGGAAGAAGGAAGAUCGAUGUUGGACGAAACUGAACGAGAAUUUUAUGAAAAUCCACCUUCUUAUGUUGCUGAAGUGUUGGCAAUCAAAUCAACUUCUGAUCGUCAAAAAGCCAUUUCAUCUUUCAAGAUUCAAAAAUCUGCCGCUAGAGCGAUCGCAUUGAAGGCUUAUUAUGGAUGGCGAACUGACAAGCAAUUUGAUGAUCCUGCGUUGUUGGAGAUGGAAAAGAUGAAAUCAGGUCUAGAGCAGGACCUCGUCACUAUGAAAGAUGCAAGCGAGGCAGUGAGCCAAUUCGCUUUGCCGAAACUACGAUCUCAAGCUAAAUCAUUGGAACAAAAUCUGACAAAGACCCGUAAGAGACAACGAGAGAUUGAUGAUUGGGAUGUAGAAGAAAUGCGUGCAAUGCACUCUGCAAUGCAAGAACAAAAUGCAAUCUUGGAAGAACAAAGAGCGAUGCAUUCCGAAACAAAGGAGCAACUGAACAGAUUACAAGCACGUCUCGAUGAACUAAAUCAACGUAAAGAGAAUGCCGAAGAGGCAAUUUCACUUGCACAUGCUUCUUCUGCUGCUAUUCACUCUUCCACACGAACUGAAGCGAAUCGAUUGGCCAAACAUCUUGAUCAAAUUGAAUCGCUUCAUUUGUGGAACGUGCAUUCGGCAACGAUGAAUGCGAUCGAAAUGACAUUCAACGGAAAUGAGAUUUCAGUAAAGAUGAACCUCUCCAAAGCGCCUUCUGCUGGAACAGUAAAAGAGGUUGAAUUGAGAUUGCACAACGAUGGAGUUGUGGAAAGGAUGGCUAUUGAUGCUAUACAUCAACAGCUUGAUAUGCGUCUAGAAUCUCAAACUGUAAAACCAACGGAGGUCGUCCGUCUCAUCUCAACUGCAUGGACACGUGUUCGUUCUUUCUCUACCGUCUUUGCCCAACUUCAAGCCCACUAUCCAAGUUCCAUCGUCAGCACUUCCGGUCAAGGUGAAGGCAAGGUCAAAAGUCCCACUAUGGUCAUUCAAUCAAUGAUCUUGUUCAAUACAUUGCGAACAAAGAUUUUGGUCAAAGCUCGUUGCUCUACUUCUGAUUUGUUCAACCUUCGUCGACCUUUGUUCAUGCCGGAAGAUAUCGAUUGUCAAUGUGUGUAUGGUCGCUCCGGUGCUGCAUCUGCAUUGAACGCUCGUAUUUGUGAUGCUCUUCUGGGAAGCGCUGUAAAUGAUGACCACACUGAAAACGCCUCCAGUAACCUCUGUCAUGCUAUUUUGACUGCUGCUACAACGAUGAAUGAUCUCUGAUCGGACAUCAUGAUUUUCUCAAAUAUCAUUUUUAUACCUUUUUGGAUGUACUAUCUUUCCUGUACUUUACUUUAUGCUAAUGGAUUUGCAAAGCCCAAAAAGAAAUUGACUGUUGAAAGUUACAUUACAUGAUCCCUAAACAUGGGAAAUAAAAGCCCUGAAGCAGCAUUAUGUUACAGAUCUGAGAGAAAGGGAAAUGGGAAAUAUGUUACGUAAAGUUGAAAGUGCUGUUGAUGCAUGAGAUAGUAGCAUUAAGUGUUGAAACGUUUACAUCUUUUGCGUUCAGGGUUGAGCCCGAGUUGCAAAAGACGUAGGGUGGGGAUAUGGUAGUGUAGAAUCUGUGGUAGAAAAGACAAUCUGUCAGCAUGCUUGUUCAAACAAACAACAAAACAA